AUGCCGAUAAACACUGACGGCAAGACCGCCACGACCGCCGCAGAGUCUUCAGCGCUCGCAUGCGCUUCCAUCUCGACCUCGGAACAGCUCGUCAAGACGCUUCGUAUCCCUCAGCCACCGCCCAAUGGUGUACGCAAGAUCGACAUCGCUCUCGAGGCGUGGCACUCAAACGAGCUCUAUGUCCCACAGAAGGCUGAGCUGUUGUCACAGUGGGCCCUUGGGUAUCUUUGUUCGUCUCUAAAAUCAUCCUCUUCCGCCGCCGCCUCCGGUCCAUCCAACAAAGGCAAGAACAAAGCCAAGCAGCAACAGCAGCAGCACAUUCCGACAAGCACAGUUGAACUAGACUCGAAAGCAUGGAUGCUUCUCUCGAACAUCAUUGCAACGCAGAUCGGCACUGGAUCCGACCUUUCGGAAGCUGCCAAACGAAGUUGGCUUUCGCAUCUAGCUAACACGCAGCCCGUGCUGACACUGUCGGGCUCUUUUGCUCGACACCUUAGUCAGGAUACGUCUCUUUCACUGGAAGAACGCCAGACACUAUUGUCAGUAGCAUCAGCGUCUCUCGAGAAGCUCUUAUUGCCAGCGACAUCGAGGACAGCGGCCACCAACAUUGAAGCAGCAACAGAUUCUAUCCAGGCUUGGCUCGACUUUUUCGCACGACCUUGCAGCACAUUGGAACAGCAAAAAGGAUUUGCAAUCCUCGGCGCCAUAGUUACUACUUGGACAACGACGUUGCAGUAUGGAUCCAAUGCCAAGAGGAACCAUCAACAUUUCUGUAGCAACGUAGUGCCAUCCCUGCUACGUGCUCUCCAUACUCUCAGCUUUCGAGGUACGCAUGGCAAAGCCGGCUCUGCACGCCAUGGUGCGCUCCUUGAUACUGUUAGACAGAUCGCUGCCGAAUCGCUCUUCACCGAGGAUGUUCAGCGAUCGCUUUUGCAAGUUGCGCGCCAAGCCCAAGGUACGAAUUCGCCUAGCUGCAAGCACACUCAAAUCGCCGCGACAGGUGUCGUUUCUCAACUGUGCUCCUCCUUGCAAGAUCCGCAACUCUCUCAGGCUGCAUACAGCUCCCUGUCCACGAUUGGUGAUCUUCUAUGGACAAAGCUGAGCCGCAGUGAGGCUCUCCAUGUUAUCAUCUCUUCCAGCAACAUCACAUCUGGCACUGUACGCGAAGCACAGCUCGCUUUGGUCCGCAAAACGAUGCUGUCGCAGUGGUAUUUUCCUCUUCUACCUCACUUGUGCACAUGUGCGAGCACGCAAGCUCCUCACGUGGAUCGAGCGGCGGCAAUAAGGGGCGUGCUGAACGGCAUCGAGCGCCACAGUCUCUAUACGCUAGGCUGCGACGAAGCCGAGGACUGGCGUUUGCUGUUUAGCGCGCUCUUUGAAAGCCUCCGUAACGAGUUGCGCGAGAUCGCUACCGAUUCCUCGCCAACAGCUCAGGCUGAAAAGGCAGACAUCUUUGCUUGUCUCACCUCAUUGUGGCGACUAGAAAAGUCGGUUGUCGAGGACAAUCUGACUUGCAUUUUCGCCCUUGUUGGAGCACAAAGAGUCUCAAAGCCGGCAUUGUGGCUUGCCGAGCAACUGUCGCCUGCAACACUUGCUGCUCUCGACAUGUUCCGCGCAGUUGCAGCCAUCAACGUGCGAUUCAGGACGAUCCCUUCGCUCGUCAACACUAUCAUUGCCAGUCUCCAGCUCACGGCUGACCUGGUCGCAAAGACCGAUGAUGCUUCCCUCUCUUCAUCGCUCUUCAUGUCUCAGACCUUUCUGACCGAGUUCGCAAAACUAUGUCACGACAGCAUCACGGCCAUGCAGGUACCGGAACUUAUCCAGCGGCUCUCAAGUUUGGCUCAGCGUCUGAAUUCGAUUUCGCAGAGCAGUGCUACCCCCAAAGCAUCCAAGAAGCAGCGUACAUCUCACGGCAGUCCAAGCAAGACUGACAAUGUGCAGACAGAAGGGACCAACGUGUGGAUCGCGCAUCUUGAAAUCGCAGCACAAGUCGUGCAGAGCGUCAAUCUAGCGCCCACUCUUCGCGCUCGCUGUAGCGCUGCAGCGGAAGAGCUGCACAAGGCUCUCAUUCUCCCUUGCAUCGACGUUUGCCUUUCAUCACACACAGUGCAGCAAUCAGCAUCGAUCUAUGGCGUAGCCGCUGCUGCGCUGCGUGUGAGGCAGGCUUUGUUGUCCGAAAAGUGGCGAUAUGACCCAUCCGAGCCUGUCAAGCUUGACGGAUCUCUGCCGACAGAAAGCUUGACGUCUCUCGAAGAGGCGUUUGACGAGAGAGCCGAUACGUUGCUCGAGCUUCUGUCGCACAAGCAUCAAGAUGAUCCUGAUUUGUGCCAACUGCAGUUUCAGAUUGUGCAAGGCUUGCUGCAACGUGCGGAAAGGGAUUUGUUCCUCGGACUCAAGGAGUCCCGAUACUGUCGCUUGCUUGCUGAAGAUAAAGGACCACUAUGUGGUCUGAUUCGCGAGUUGCCUUUGUCGGGCGGCUCGCAAGUGAGCGCGUGGACUGGCUGCGCCAACCAGAUUCGCUCGCGACACGAAUUGAUGCAGACUCUCUGGAUGGCGAUUGUUACUCGAUGGGCUCCCCUCUUUGAGGCAAUUGCGGCCAGGGAGAUCUUCGAAGUGCUCGCCCACACGCUCGUCGCCACUGCACAGCCAAGUCUGCAGAGGGACGACGUGCAGAGUGCAAUGCGAUACAUGACUUCAACAGCGCUUCGCAACGCUUCCUUCCUCGAGCUGGCCAAUUGGCGCAAGCACAUAAUUGCGACGAUUCAGAAAGAGCUCGCGUCUCCAACUCUCGAGCGCCGCUUAGCAUCUACAGCAGUGCUAUGUGUUACCCCGUCUGAGUGGGUUACCAAGACUGCGCGCGGACCGAUGCUCAAAGCUCUCCUCGCGCUCGACCGCGAUCUUGUCGCUGCUCAGCAUAAGAGAAAAGCAGCCGAACAAGUGGCGACAGUCGAGCGGAUCGAGUUGCGCCGCCUGCUAGCAAGCGUGCAAGAGGCUUAUGCAACGGAGGCGAAUGUCAGUGAUGACGAGUUACUUGCUUCUUUGGAGGCAUUUUGGUCCUCGCAGGUGAGCGAUGCCAAUCUACAGCAUGCAUGGGAGCGCGCGUCGCUCGCCGCAAUUCGGACCGCUCUUGGUGUUCUGUUCUCACGGGGCAAGGCGAAUGCUGCCACACUCGAGCGCCUAUUUUCGCUGGCCAAGCAGGUUCGACAUGAGGCGACUGCCGAGAUCAAGGAUGACAGCACUCGAAUCACACUCAAGAUGCGUGCUGCACAAGAGAUGUUUACUAUCCUCAGCGCUGUCGGUGCUGACCAUGCUGAGCUGCAGACUGAAGCAGGGGCUGCAAGGACAAAUCUAGACGCGAUUAUGAAUGUGUCGUCGACACGACUCGAGACGAUCAGCGACGUGGAAAAGACGCUCGACGUCUUGCUGUACCACCUUGGCGAGGUCCGAUUGCUCGUCCGUGCGACAGGAAAGGAUGACAAUCUCCAACAGGAGACGGCGCAGACGCUCUCUCGCGCGGUGAUGAGGUCAGUCUGCACCGUUUUUGGGCGUGUCAACGUUUUGACACCAGAGAACGAGGCGACGAAGCUCGUGCGGCCGGCAGCCGAUGUUGCGCUCGAGCUUCUGCGAUGCAUGGACAUGUGUGGUAGGGCCAUGUCGGACAGCAAUAUCAUGCUGUCCGCUUGUCUGGCAUAUUCUGCGCUGAUUGCAUCGCUGCCCGGCUUGAAAGAGCAGCGACGAGUUGGCGACGGUCUCCAACGCAUCGUUUCGCGUCUCGAGGCGCAGCAGUACGACACUGUUCUUUCCAAGCUGCUGAACGCACUCGGCUGUACGGCUUCGGCCAACAUUGCGGUGGCUACUGUUAGCGCUAAAGAAGCCGCAACGAUGGAUGGCGACGAGGCAGCGCUCAUAGGCACGAUCGGGCUUGUGCUCGGAAGUGCUCCUGAAGCGACGUCGAAGAUCGCGCGGACGCACUUGUCAAACUGGCUAGCGAUCCUGAGCGGCAGCAACGCUACUGGCGGCGGUGGGCGAAUCAAGCUGCGCUCGAUGGUGGCUUGCAUUUCGGCGCUGGAUCUGGUAUGCAGCCAUCACGCGAUGCUUUUGCGAACGCAGGAUUUGGGGGCAGUGCUGCAGCUGUUUUCAACAGUGACUGGUCCAAGUAUGUGCGACGAGCCGCUGGCGAGCGUCGUUGAGACCAAGCGAGAAGAGCUGGACGGUAUGCGUUCAAAGUUGUUCGGUGGAAUCGUGUCGACGUUGAGCUCUUUGAUGCGGCUGAGACAGGAUCUAGUGGUAGGAUUUUUGCCGCAAGUUGGUCUGCUCCUCGCACGCCUGAUCACGCUCUUCCGUCGACUGGGUCGUCACGCAAGCAACGGAGAGAUUCAAGCAUCUGGUUCGCAACGCCGUUCGCUGCGCCGCGAUCUGCCCGCCUGGCUGGAUCCGGUGUUGGUGACGCCUCUGAGAGCGCACCACGAAGCACGUGCUCUCUCAAGACUCGUCUCGAACGUUAUGGCCAAAAGCGUUUCGCUCAAGCACCGAUCCUCGGAUGCGCCGGGAACAGCCGUCAAAGCCGAAUCGCUUGCGAGGCCGUUGAGCAAACACGCGACCUACAUGCUUGUGGCGUAUCUGAAGAGUCUCACCGCACAAGGUAGCGUGGUACCUGCCGACGUGCGCGCCGAGUUGGAGGUGGGAAUGAUGACCAUCUGCGAAAUCAUGGGGCACCAUCAGCGAGAUGCGGCUAUGAGCGGACUGCUCGAUUCGGCGGGCAAGGUGUUGAUGAAGAGGAUCUGGAGCGAGUUCGAAAAACAGAGGUACAAGGGUCAGUAA